CUCUACGCAAACCAGACCCUAGCUUUCUUUGCAGGCUUUGGAGCUUGAAUCCAGCUGAAUUCUUUGGGCAGCACCCAAAUUUCCACAAUGGCUGCAGCUUCUCUUAGCUUCAAGAGAUCAGACAGCAUAGCUGAGAGCAUGCCUGAAGCUUUGAGGCAGAGCCGGUACCAGAUGAAACGAUGCUUUUCAAGGUAUGUCGCCAAGGGUAGGAGGCUUAUGAAGAACCAGGAAUUGGUAGCAGAGUUGGAGAAGUCGGUGGACGAUAAGCUGGAGAAGGACAGGCUUAUGGAAGGCUUCCUUGGUUACAUCAUUUGUUGCACCCAGGAAGCCGUCGUCCUUCCUCCGAUCGUAGCAUUCGCCGUCAGGCCGCAUCCUGGAAUAUGGGAGUAUGUCAAGGUCCAUUCGGAGGAUCUAACAGUCGAAGCAAUCACUCCUUCGGAAUACCUGAAAUCCAAGGAAAUAAUAUAUGAUGAGAAAUGGGCGACGGAUGAGCAUGCUCUAGAAGUGGAUUUUGGAGCCUUUGAUUUGUUGACACCUCACCUCACCUUACCAUCAUCCAUAGGGAAUGGGGCACAGUUUAUAUGCAAAUUCUUAUCAUCCAAGCUGAACGAGAAGUCCGAGAGCAUGAAAACAUUAUUGGACUACUUGCUCGCCCUUAAUCACCGCGGAGAAAAGUUAAUGAUUAAUAACACGCUAGACACCGUGAACAAACUCCAGACAGCUCUGCUUUUGGCUGAAGUGUUUGUCAGUGCGCUUCCCAAUAACACACCAUUCCAAAAGUUCGAACAAAGAUUUCAGGAGUGGGGACUGGAGAAGGGAUGGGGUGAUACUGCUGAAAGGGUUAAGGGGAGCCUGCACUGCCUGUCUGAGGUUCUUCAAGCACCAGAUCCUGCGAACAUGGAGAAAUUUUUCAGUAGAGUCCCUACCAUCUUUAGCAUUGUGAUCUUCUCUCCCCAUGGCUAUUUCGGACAGGCAGAUGUUCUUGGUUUGCCGGAUACUGGUGGGCAGGUUGUUUACAUCCUAGAUCAGGUAAAAGCCUUCGAAGAGGAACUGCUCCUCAGAAUCAAGCAACAAGGGUUGAGUGCACAGCCUCAAAUUCUUGUGGUGACCAGGCUGAUACCAGAAGCCCGGGGAACUAAAUGCAACCAGGAACUAGAGCCAAUUCUCAACACCAAGCACUCGCACAUCCUUCGGGUGCCAUUCAAGAGAGAUGAUCGAGUUUUACAACAGUGGGUUUCUCGUUUUGAUAUCUAUCCUUACCUCGAGAGAUAUGCUCAGGAUGCUGCUGCCAAAAUUCUUGACCACUUGGAAGGGAAACCAGACCUGAUCAUUGGGAACUACACUGAUGGAAACUUGGUGGCUUCUCUGGUGGCCACCAAACUAGGAGUAACUCAGGGAACCAUUGCACAUGCUCUUGAAAAGACGAAGUAUGAAGAUUCUGAUGUCAAGUGGAAGAAAUUCGACGCAAAGUACCACUUCUCAUGCCAAUUCACUGCCGACAUGAUUUCGAUGAAUACUACUGAUUUCAUCAUAACAAGUACAUUCCAAGAAAUCGCUGGAAGCAAGGAUAGGCCUGGGCAGUAUGAGAGCCAUUAUGCAUUUACACUUCCAGGGCUCUGUCGAUUUGCCUCGGGCAUCAAUGUGUUUGAUCCUAAGUUUAAUAUAGCUUCUCCGGGAGCCGAUCAAUCCCUCUACUUCCCCUACACACAGAAACAGAAGCGCAUGACUUUGUUUCAUCCUGCCAUCGAGGAGCUGCUGUAUAGCAAAGUGGAUAAUGAGGAACAUAUAGGACACCUUGCAGACAGAAAUAAGCCAAUCAUAUUCUCGAUGGCAAGGCUCGACACAGUCAAGAACAUAACUGGGCUAGUUGAAUGGUAUGGGAAUAACAAGAGGCUGAGGGAGCUCGUGAACCUCGUUGUGGUCGGAGGUUUCUUUGACCCCUCAAAAUCAAAAGACAGGGAAGAGAUCAACGAGAUCAACAAGAUGCAUUCGCUGAUUUUAAAAUACAAAUUGACAGGUCAGAUAAGAUGGAUAAAGGCACAGAAUGAUCGGGUUCGGAAUGGUGAGCUAUACCGUUGCAUUGCUGAUACCAAGGGAGCUUUCAUUCAGCCUGCUUUGUAUGAAGCAUUUGGACUUACAGUCAUAGAGGCGAUGAACUGUGGCCUGCCGACCUUUGCUACAAACAAAGGAGGACCGGCAGAGAUCAUUGUUGAUGAAGUUUCUGGUUUCCAUAUUGAUCCUAAUAACGGAGAGGAAUCUAGCAACAAGAUUGCAGAUUUCUUUGAGAAAUGCCGGGAGGACAGCACUUACUGGAAUAAGGUGUCAACAGCUGGGCUCCAACGGAUAUAUGAAUGCUACACAUGGAAGAUUUAUGCAACCAAGGUAUUGAACAUGGGAUCGGUCUACGGCUUCUGGAGGCAACAGAACAAGGAUGAGAAGCAAGCCAAACAGCGAUAUAUUCAGCUGCUCUACAAUCUCCAGUUCAGAAAUUUGGCCAAAAUGGUUCUCUUAGCAAGUGAUCAAGCUCAGCUGCAGGCCCCAUCAAAGGCUGUAACAAAACCUGAGCCACUGCCAGGAGAAAGACGCAAGCAACCACGUUUGAUAAGGGUUAUAACGGAUUGCCUCACGCCAAAAGCACCGUCCGAGAGAGCCACCGAAAGUGCUUCUUGAACAAAGUAGCAGCAAAAUACCUGCCAAACGGAUGUUUUAUAUUUGAACGAUUGAAUCUGUACCUCACCCUGUUGUUUGAAAUAGACCCCUGUAAACGAAUGACAUGUUGUAGUAACAAGAUUUAUGAGCAAUGAGACCAGAUCAAAAAUACUAUCCAUAUAA